UUCCUUUCCUUCCAAAACCCCAUCCAACCAAACACAUUUUAGAUCAUACUUUCCCUCCUAUUUUCAUUCAUUGUUCCGCGAAUGAACCCAUUUCAGGCCCAAGCCCAUUUCAUUUACACUUAACAUUCCCUGGCCGCCGCCGCCGCCCGACGUCUCUCCGGCCGCACCAAUCGGGAAAAUAGAGCCUAAGUGUGUGCUGCUCAUCGCGUGGUCUUUGUCUAGAGCAACUUCAUCUUAACACAUCUUUUUCUCUCCCACGUUUUUGCAGUAUGGAAGAUUCUGAAGCCAAAUCUGCUGAAAACCAGCAAAGUGCACAAGUGUGUAGUUUCUUCCGAAAACCAGUUAAUAAGAAGAACAUAAGGAAACGCACUGUUGAUAACGAAGAUAAUGAGGAUGACUCAAACAGUGAAAGCUCUUUGAUGCAUGUUCAGAAAAAGACCACGAAGUCCGACAAUAAGUUGUUCUUUUCCAGCGGCUCUUCAAAAAGCUUUGCAUCUGCCGAACAAAAUGAAGAAUCUGAGAAACCUGUCUUCCAUUUUGAGUCUUCCAAAGAGAUUCAAGUUUCACACGAUAGCAAAGCAACUGCAACUCUGGAGACUGAAACUGAUUUUUCGAAAGAUGCUCGUGCCAUCCGUGAAAGAGCUCUUAAGCAAGCGUCGGAGAGUCUCAAGGGAAAAACCACUGGAUCAGAGGAUAAAAAAUUAUACAAGGGAGUCAAUAGUUACACAGACUAUAAGGCUGGAUUCCGUAGAGAGCAAACAAUUGCCAGUGAGAAGGCUGGUGGGUCACAUGGUCCUCUUAGGGCUUCCGCUCACAUAAGAGUUAGUGCCAGAUUUGAUUAUCAGCCUGAUAUAUGCAAGGAUUAUAAGGAAACUGGUUACUGUGGGUAUGGCGAUUCGUGUAAAUUUAUGCAUGAUCGAGGUGAUUACAAAUCUGGUUGGCAGAUGGAGAAGGAAUGGGAUGAAGCUGAGAAAGCAAGGAAGAUGAGGUUGGCUGCGGGUGAGGGUGCGGAAGAGGAGGGUACAAAUUUGAACGAUGAUGACAGUGAUGAUGAGGAUUCAUUACCAUUUGCAUGUUUCAUUUGUAGAAAUCCAUUUGUGGAUCCUGUGGCAACCAAGUGCAAACACUACUUCUGUGAGCAUUGUGCAUUGAAGCAUCAUGCAAAGAAUAAGAAGUGUUUUGUCUGCAACCAACCAACACUUGGCAUUUUUAAUGUUGCUCAUGAGAUACGAAAGAAGAUGGCUGAGGAUAAAUAAACUCGUCCAAUACGAUCCAUGAAUAUAUCUUUGAUAAUUGGAGGGUUUUUAUCCUCUGUUCUCCAAUUUUUAAACAGAGAUAUUAUGUAAUGAGUUGAAAAUAUAUCAACAGAUCCCAGAAUAUAUCUAAUAGUGAGAGAUUUGAUCUGUUUAAAAUAGCACAUUAGUGGUACAUGUUGUAGUUCUUUUUGUAGUGUAACUCAUUUUAAUACUAAAUUCAUUUUCAGUCUAAAACUUUUCUUGUCCUCUUUGUAGAGGAUGACAAAGAAUUCUCGAAUAUUUUGGUUGUUCAUGAAAUCCAAUGUUGCUUACCAGCGCA